AUGUCGGACGAGGAAGUUGAACAGGUCGAUGAGCAGUACGAGGAAGAAGAAGAGGCCCAGGAGGAAGAGGAGGUCCAAGAAGGUACUGCUGAGCCCAUGGCCCGAGAGGAGGAGAAGCCAAGACCCAGACUCACUGCUCCUAAGAUCCCGGAAGGGGAGAAAGUAGACUUUGAUGACAUCCAGAAGAAGCGUCAGAACAAGGACCUCAUGGAGCUCCAGGCGCUCAUCGACAGCCACUUUGAAGCGCGGAAGAAGGAGGAAGAGGAGCUGAUUGCUCUCAAGGAGAGGAUAGAGAAGCGCCGUGCGGAGAGAGCUGAGCAGCAGAGAAUCCGCGCCGAGAAGGAGAGGGAGCGCCAGAACAGACUGGCGGAGGAGAAAGCCCGGAGGGAGGAGGAAGACGCCAAGAGGAGAGCGGAGGACGACUUGAAGAAGAAGAAGGCCCUGUCCUCCAUGGGCGCCAACUACAGCAGUUACCUGGCCAAGGCCGACCAGAAGAGAGGCAAGAAGCAGACCGCCCGGGAGAUGAAGAAGAAGGUGCUAGCAGAGAGACGCAAGCCACUCAAUAUCGACCACCUCAGUGAGGACAAGCUGAGGGACAAGGCCAAGGAGCUCUGGGACACCCUCUACAAACUGGAGACUGACAAGUUCGAGUUUGGGGAGAAGCUGAAGCGCCAGAAAUAUGAUAUCACCAACCUCAGGAGCCGCAUCGACCAGGCCCAGAAGCAUAGCAAGAAGGCCGGGGCCCCGGCCAAGGGCAAAGUCGGCGGGCGCUGGAAGUGAAGCAGCCAGAGGAGCUCCCAGAGGCAGAGACCCUCGGCCCGUGCAGCCUGUGCGGCAGCAUCCAGCCCCCAGGCAUGGGGGUGGAGGGCCCAUUCCCAAGCACCCCCCAUGUCUCUGUCCUGGCUGCCCCCAUCUCCCGGGGUCUGUGAAUAAAGCUGGCAGACUCCCCUCCACCAA